AUGCGGACCGGUUUAUUUUCGAAACAUCAUAGGCUCGAAAUAGAAACCGUUGGGGAUUCGAGAAGCAUUGGCGCUCAAAGAUUAUCAUUGAAACAAUCCAAAAGUUCGACAAAAAUGAGCGACUCCAACGAAGGAAUUUUCCAUAGUAUGGGCAAUAAGGCCCAGGAAUUGAGCAAUGCUACUCAGGAGAAAAUUGGAAAUGCUGGACAUGCUGUUAAAGAGACGGUGCAAUCCGGCUAUGAUAAGGUCACUCAAGCCGGAAAAGAUGCCUACGACGCAGUUGCCAACAAGCUUGAUCAUGGAAAAUGCGCGACUGAGGAGAAGACCGACGAAGCACGCGAUUACAUGGCAAAGAAAAUGAAAGAAGGCGCUGACGUGGUCCAGGCCCACUAA